CGCCCUCGUUCCAUCCUUGCCCACCUCCUAGGGUUAUCUUCAUUGUCUGCAAUUGUGGCUUUUUUCUUCGACUUCGACUUCAAGCUAUUCUAUUUCCUUGGAAUAUUUUCAAACUAUUGGCUUCAAUCGCUAUCAAUCACAUCAACUCGCCAAGUUCUAACAGGCUGAGGGACAUAUGCUGGGACGUGAAGGAUCGGAAAUCACAGAAUCGGUCAAUGAAACAUUGCCAGAUCAAGACACAACCUUUUGCCGCCAUUUCCAACUUCAAGAUUUGACCCACCGCUCUCUCGUUGCGUCAUCUUCCAGCAUGACUAGCAUAGACUCUCACAAUUCAUCGGCCUCCCUUGUCUCAAGCAACAGUCGUGUUCAUUUCAAUGACGAGUUUCCUCAACCGCCCCUCAGCGGUCGGCCCCGCCGUGGAAGCCAGCCGUAUCCCAAAGUAGCCCAGAGCAAAGGUGCUUCCGAUCGCCGAAACUCCUUCGAUCUCUUUUGGAUUAUGAAUACUUUGUCUGCUGCUACAGUCGCUGAUAACACCGCUAGUGCCGUGGAAGAUAACAUCAAUGUACUACCUCAACCUUCUCUCGGGCUGAAUGCUCUGGCCAUUCACGAUCAGGUCCAGAAUAGCCCGACAAGCAAAGCAAGCCGUCAAUCAACCAACUUCAUUGUUCUCAGUCCUCGACAGACCGAGGCCUCGCUCAAGUCUCAAGAACCUGAAGACAAACAAUUUCAAGUUCUCUUGAAUGCAAAUGAGACCACCAAGCAGAUGUCCCAUAUCUGACAUGUUCUCUGCCAUGUAUUGUAGAGUUCGGCACCAUCAUAUAGGGGUAUACCUUUAUCAGAAACAUGACGUCGUAUUCGCGUAAUUCUGUCAACGUCACCCGUAGAAUUUUCCACGCCCACGAUCAGGUCGCACUUGGAUCAGGCUGGACUGCCCACUGGGUCACACCACGACCGCGAGGCCUGGUUGACGCGAAGUGGCUCGCCCGGACCCUAUAUGGCCAGCGGUAAGUCGUCUUUUGGAGUUUACGAGCCUCGUGCCGUUAGAUAUGCCCUUCUAUCCGGCCCACUGCCUUAUCCUUAUAUAUUGUAAUCGGCAUGCUGAAGGAGUGAUCGACUGGCGGAGCCAAAGCUCCUCUGCUUGUUCCAUUGACCCAUCCUGCUUUCGACCAUGACCUCUUCGUUGUCUAUAUUCACCUCUAAUGCAGUUUCCUUCGUUUCUUCUUCGCCAAGUUCUUAUUCUCUUCGCUCCCGGAACACCUGGCUGAUAUAACAACUUCAGUCAUUUCUGCAUCGGCACUCUCCAGUUCAGAGAGUGCGAGCGCAAGCGCGAGCAACAGUCAGAGCAGCGCGAUCGCGUCGCCAAGCUCUUCUUUAUCGGCUGCAGCCUCGCCGAGCAUUGCGUCGAGCUCGAGCGCGGUUGUCUCAUCCUCGAGUGUUGUUGUUCUACCUUCCUCAUCGGCAUCCCCGACGUCAAGCUCUGUGCCGUCCAUCUUGUCAUCGAGCACCUUUUCAUCCUCCAUCACGACCUCAAGCUCAUCACUUACUUCGACGAUACUCACGACUCCUUCCACCAGCCAAUCGAAGACCACCGUGCUCUCUGCGUCGAAUGGGGUGACUUUUACGACUAUAGUAGAGGUGACAUCGACCUUGCCCCCAGGAUCGACUGCCACCUUCGCAGCAAAUGCAACUCCGAAGCCGGGAUCUCAUACCGGUGCAAUUGUCGGUGGUGUUGUCGGAGGUCUUGCUGUUAUCGCCGUAGCUGCCGGAGCGUUUCUGUGGCUCAGACGUCGCUCACGAGACCGAGACGAAUUCGACGGAGAUUUCGACCCUGUCCGAGUGGGCACUGCGCGUCCUGCGUCUGGCGGACCUGAAAUGGCUGCACUGGCUACAGGAGGAACUUUACCUCAAAUGAACAUUGAUGACGAGGAGGAGGACGACGGCAUGGGGGGCCGUCUGCCCCAUAGCACUGUUGGCGGCGGUAUCGUCACACCGUUCACGUACACGCCAGCUCUUUCGUCUUACGGGCCCUCUACUCGAUCCCAGAGCCCGCCUAUGCCCAGUGCCUCUCCACCCCCGAUGUCGCAGUAUUCUCAAGAUGGAUACCAGGCGACCCUGAGCUCUACCGGUGGCUAUUACAAUGCGGUUCCGGAACAAGCUCAAGCUAUCGGUGGUUACUAUCCUCCUGCCCCAAGCAGUUCGGGUUCCAGCAAUCCGAGGAGCACCAAAGAAAGAGAAGCCUUCAACGGCCGGCGAAGCGCUGUUUUCGCCGUGGCAAACCCGGAUUCGAGGGGCAUGUACGACGAACAACAGUACCAGGCUUACCUUCAGUCGGGACCGCAGAACGGCCGACCGGGUUCAUUUGCUGGUUCUUUAUCCCCACCGCAGUCUCCUGUGGCUACAUCCUCGCGCGGUGUCAUUGUUCACCGGGACGGUGGUCGGGUCGAACCGGAUGCGGUCGCUGAGCGGGACCUCGAUGAAAUCCCACCCACCUACGACAGUCUCUCUGCUGGAGACAAAAAAUAGCGAUAUGAUUACCGCACUUCACCAUUCGACUUUGCUCUUUCCCACCAUUCACUACGUAGAGGAACGCUGUAAUAAUUCACGCACAGAGGACCGCAUUGUAAUUGUAUCUAUUAGCUCUAUCUUACCUUUCGCUUCAAUUUCUGACUUGAAGCGCUAGCUUUCAGUCCUGAGACAGACACCAUUGGCAUCAUAUACUUACGGCUGAACAAAGUCCAAUAACCGACUUAAACGGCAGUCCAGACCGCCCCAGCUAGCGACGAGAUGGUUUCUGGCAUAAUUGCUCAGACUCUGGAUUGAACAGGGGUCACUCAACCUCCGUCAACGUGGAGGCUCAGCUGCGCCGAGGGACUGACCGCCUCUCAGAUCUAAAUGCUAAUCCUGAUGCCAACACUCUCCUUUUUAGGCCCGCGAUUGCCCGUGAUCCGACGCUCCCCGCUAACAUAGUUUGACUUGCGUUGGGUGCAUGCACUUGCGCUGUAGUUCCACGAUGUGCCGCUAUUGAAUGGGUUCAGAGAAUUAAACAAUCUCGAGGAUUACUAGCUUGCGAUGGUCCUUCCAGGCUUCCAAUGCUAUAAUCACUGAUAUCGAAUAUGUUUGCGAGCGCACGUUCUUCCAUACUGGGUACUGAUCUUGACCUGGACCAUCCGAAAAUCUGAAGGACACAUGUUGUGUACCAUGUGGGCGUCGGGCCCAUCGGUGCGCUUCAACGCCGCCUGUUAUAUAUAUACGUGAUUUUUCCACUCUGUCAGGGACAACAUCCCCGCGAUGCAGUCCUCCGUCCUUUCCAUCGCUCCCUUGCUGGUGUCGGCCGUGCUUGCAAACCACCAGGUCUUGAAUACCUAUAUGAACAUUUCUUCAUGUUUGAGUCAGCCUUCGUUCUACUCUUGCGAGAACACGACGUCCAUUGCCGACACCUGCUGCUCCCCGACCCCCGGAGGACUGGUACUUCAAACGCAAUUCUGGUCGACCUGGACAGGUCUUGAGCAUGAAGGCCAACUGCUCCCCAAAGCCAGCUGGACCAUCCAUGGCUUGUGGCCAGACAACUGUGAUGGGUCGUUCAACAGCUAUUGCGAUCUCAGUCGUCAAUAUGACCCUACGCCGGACGCCGGAAUCGCUCCAUACACAGGGCAUGGGGUGGACACUUUCAUUCGGGACUUUGGUCGUUUGGAUCUGCUCGAUUUCAUGGAGAAGUACUGGAUCAACCAAGGCCUGCCGAACAAAAACUUCUGGGCGCACGAGUUCUCGAAGCAUGCGACCUGUACAAGUACCUUUGAUACCAAAUGCUAUGGGCCCGGGUAUAAGCAACACCAAGAAGUGAUCGACUUUUUCGAUGCGGUCAUCCGAGCGUACCGCAUGUAUCCUACUUUCGACAUUCUGGCCGCCGCCGGUAUCGUUCCAUCGAAUACCACCGCCUACAGCCUUGCCCGGAUCGAGAGCGCCCUCCAGUCUCAAACGGGUGCGCUCCCGCACAUCGGAUGCGUCAAAGGAACCAUCCUCUCGGAAGUCUGGUAUUACAACCAUGUGUGGGCGACAGAGCAGUUCGGCACGUACAAGCACAUCGACACCACCUUUGCCUCAAACUGCAAUGCCUCGGCGCCUAUUUGGUACUACGAGCGCACGCCUCACUCCGAGCACGAAGUCCGAAACUAAUGUACCAAAAUGUGUUGUUUUGAGAUGAUGAAAUUUGAAUCAUCCAAUUCUGUGAGAUGUUGUGCUGCUGUAGCAUCAUGUGUCCUGUAAGCAUUCAAGUGUUCAUCGAUGCAUCGGCUACUCGUGCGGCGCGGCCCCCGGAAGGAUCACAUGAUCCCGUUCGACGCGUUAUUUCCCACUGUUUG